AUGGACCUACCAACCCAAAACAAACUAAAACUCUCCCGUACUAGUACUCAUAAAGUACGGUCGGGUUGUAUCACUUGCAAGAAACGCCACAUCAAAUGCGACGAGGCUCAACCUCAUUGCAAUAACUGUCUUAAAAGUCGAGGAACUUGCGAAGGUUAUGCUCCUAUUCGAAAAAAGAGGGCUUCCAGCCCGGUUCAAUUCCGAUGGGAUUCUAAACGAUUGGCUCGUAGCACCUCUCCUCCUAUGCAGUUGAAGCUUGAUCCGGACUCUCUUGAUUUCCAAGAUGCAAAGGGAAUGCUCUACUUUCAAGAGUUCGUGGGGUUGGCACAAGGUCGAUGGGUCAAUGCUGUCGGGUGUAAUACUUUGUGGGAAUUAUUGCCACAACUCGCAUUUUCCGAUGGUACGAUCCGAUCCGCCGCUAUAGCUGUCGGCGCCUUAAGUUUGUGGCAUCGUCAGUCUACUCAUGAUUCGCUUCGGACAAUCUCUGUGCCAACCAUUCCCAAAGCGGAAAGAGAUGCGCAUUAUUUCUACGCCGUGGCUUAUUAUUGCAGGUCACUCAAAUUACAGAACCAACACGCUUCCGCGCGUGACGCAAUGUUUCUUUCGGUGUUAUGGUUGGUAUUUGAAACACUUAGGGGUGGGAAGAGAGCUGCUUUAAGCCACGUUAAUCAUGGCCUAGCCAUUCUACUUGAGCUUCUCACGGGGGAAGAUGUUGAUCAUCGCGUGGCUGAAUUAGCACCUAGUCCAGCACCUCUCCUUGAAGCAGUAGCCAACAUCUUCGUUCCCCUAGCUAUGCAGGCUCGUGCUGUCCUUCAGGGAAGAAUCGGCAACGGACCGCCACUGCCCUCUCUAACAAAAGGACUACGAAGCAAAAAGAAGACAAUGGAAUCCUUCAUAAUCUUAAUGAGCCAUCUAACUCGUCCGAAGGCCACCAUGGAAAACAUUCCUGCUGUCUUUAAUAACCUUGAUGAAUUUGAGGAGUAUUGGGUCACUGCUCAGCGUGCUCAGAUUGUAAUGGCAUCUAUCAUGACUGAUGUCAUGCGAGAUUCGGGAGUCUUCGCAUCAAAUGGGCACGACAUCAUCAAAAAGUUUUACUCGGCUCUUCUUGGGGAUGGUCGAAUCCUAGAAAUUUCUCAGAACUCAGGGAAGGUGAUGCAAAAACUGGAUGCCGCAUUUUUACCUCUAUUUAAUAAGAUUCUAAUGUCGGAUGUGGAAUCGCCAGAAUAUCUAAAAGCCAUCCAUUUACGUUUAGAAUAUUUAGGUGUUUACAUCUUCAACGACCCUCCGCAGUUCCUCGACAUAGAGACAUUACAUUCGCGAACGCCUUUAUUUCGUGAGUAUCUGUCUCUCGCCGAGGUCGCGUUACGCAUAGCCAAGCGAGAGAUUAAAAAUCCUGCGCAUCAAUUCUCACUCCAAUGCGGAUUAGCAUUUAACCUAUUAAUUACUUCAUUCUUCUGCCGUGAUCCUCUUACCCGUGAUCAAGCUGUGUGGAUGUUAAGAGAAUACCCCGCUCAAGAUGGAUUAUGGAAUACUCGUUCCCUCUACCUCCUAGCUCUUAGGAAUCGCGACGUGGAGAAAUCCAACACAGUCGAAGGUACUCCUAUGGAACAAUUACAGCGACUUUGGCGACGUGAAUUUGUAUUUGAAGAUGGUGGCGACCGUAUCUUAUUUCGUUAUUACGACAAGGAUAAGGUUACUGGGGAAUGGGAAUUGAUAGAAGAGGUUGUUGAAGUUCGAGAGGACGCCGAAGAUAUACAUUGGAAACGACAACCAUUAACUGGAUCUGGAGGUCUUCUCAUGAAAGACUUGUACGUUGAAUAA